AUGGAGCAAGUCAGUGAAGAGGAAAUGAAAGAGUUCCUGCGAACGAACAUCAACGCGAAGACGGAGGUUGGGAAAAUUUUGGCAGACGUGUCUCGAGACAAAAAUUUGCGGAAGUCCUCCGAAGAUGAGCCCGAGGAUGAAAAGUCGAAAAAACGGCAGAAACUGGAUCAGAAGCCCGAUGUGGACGAUGAGAAGGAGGCGCAAAGGAAGUUGUAUUUCGCCAGGGCUAAACUCGUGCGAAAUCCGGCCUUGGGGAAUAAGAAAAUGUUUAUUCCCGUGGAAUGGCCGAAACUAACAACUUUGUCCAGGUUUCACGUGGAGGAACAGCGAAAUAUUGUGGAGUGUCUCAGGAUGUUUCCAACUGGUCGUCGUCCCGUCAAAUUCAAAUCGCAGUGUAAAAGUUGA